AUGCCGCUGGCGACCCAUUCAGUUCACUUUCUCCGUACAACAACACCAACUGCGAUGUUGCAAGACAAAGCGUGCCCAGGAUGGACCAUUCAUAUGCAGACGAAUGCCCGAAUACUCUUGCGUCACGACUGGCUCCGUGAGGAUAGAACGCUGCAGGCUGCCUGGUACAGCGUGCUGGACCCUACAAAACUGAGCAAGCCGGGAGCAUCUCUCGCUGGUUGUGCAAAUGGUUUUAGAGCUCCUAUCUCGCCCCGCUGGUCAUUCGGAACUGGCAGUCAAAAGGAGUCGAGCGAUCAGGAGAAGCUGCAGCCGCGAGACUCAGAUCCACUGGCACGCCUGCAAACGCCUCAGAUGAGCGAUGGCGUUGAGGCUGCAGCGCCAGGUGAUUCUCCCGAGGAAUCGAACAAUACCGAAUACACGCCGACACUGGCGCGCAAAGGAGCGAGCGUUGCCUCACUUACUCGCCGAAGAAGACAUUCGGAGCUAGAGAAGGCGUCUACCAGGUGCACAUCGCCCGAACGUUCGGUGUCGAAGCAUCAGCUUUCCUGUGCUGCUUCGCCAGAGCGAGAGCAUCCUAGCUGCCAGGACGCAAUCCGAACUCGAAACGCUUCCGGAGACGAACCGUCUGCACCAGCACGUGAUUUAGGUUGCCUGUCGCUGCUCGUUGUAGGUUGCAAAUCGCCGUCAAAUAUGAGUCGGCAGGAGAAACAAGCGCUUUCUGAAGCGCGAACGCUCUGGGAGAUGCACGGCGGUCGUUGGCUGGACCCGUGCGACCUCUCGCAAGUCUUCCAACUGCUGGAGACGUUUAUCGAGACCACAGGUACCGCAAGUGCCGCCACGGAUGAUGAGACUUCAAACGCUUGCCCGAGUGCCGGCGAGGAGUCAUCACCGAUUUCGAAGCGCAGACGCUACGAACCGAAGCCCGGCGUUCGCGAACCUGCCGCAGGAAAAGCGUCACCGGAGCCAGCGCUGCUGAUUGCAGCCCUGCAUCAUAGCGUUGCUGCAUGUUUGCAAUCAAAGCAGUGCUGUCCAGUAGACGGCCUGGCUGCACAACAGUUAUACGCUAUUGCGUCAAUCGCGUGGCAACGCGGCUGGGCCCUCCUGAUCGAUCUGCAAAACACGAAGGACGACAAGGAUAUCCGUAACGCCGGAGCUGCCGCGUUGAGGGUGUGGAUUCGUUCUGUUUUGAGCGAAUCUGCAUCUAGAAUGGAACAAUCCAAAUCAGAGGCUUCCCUUCAGGACGGCAACGAAAGCCUUUGGGAGCGAAUUCGUAAUCACGCGUUGGAGAAUACAACCCCGAGCAAACUCGGUGUUUUUUCCAAUUUUGCUUUUUCGUUCAUAAGCGAGAAGGAUCAUGUCGGUGUAUCUGCUCCAGCUGCGAAACGGAGGAAACACGUCCGCCAGCACAGCUCAGAGACAACGGAACGUUGGUCAGCGGGAAUGCAGCCCGGCGAUGAGCAUUGGCAUCAUGACGUGCAGCUGCUGAUCCGUCUCGCGGGAGGCAUCUGCGUCCCCGAGCAGAGCGACGCGGCUUGUAUCCGAGAGCGCGCUUCCAUUUCAGUAACAAGGCAGAAACGAACAAGGACACAGAACCCGGCGUCGACCGAGUCGCCUAUGCAUGCUUUCAAAGUAUGCCGAGCGCUUGACCUCGCGAGAAUGGAGGAGAACGCAAACUUCCCGGACUCUUCGCUGCCGCUGAUUGACUGGGACCGGCUGCUGUCGGCAGUUUGUACUGGGACAGGGCACGCUCUGACGUCGUCGACAACCGCCUCGUGCCAUGUGGAGGCGCCGAAAUCCCCCGAACGGCAAGCAUCAGCGACUCCAAAACGAGAGCAGAGCAAGCGGCGUGGAACCCGUUCGCCAUCAAGACAAUCCCAGAGAUCAAAACGGCGAUCCUGA